AUGGAUGCCACUCCUACCAAAACCCUCCCUGCGUCGUGGUACUGCUCGCAGAAUCUCUAUCAUCUUGAACAACGAGCCGUGUUCUACAAGGCAUGGUACCUUGUCGGUGCAGUACCGAGGUUUGCUGUGGACAAGGAGGUCGAGUAUGAAUUUGCCGGUGUGGCUGUCGUUGUGCGGCAAGAGGGUGAUGAAAAGUUCACCGUGACGAGGAAGACUGAUGGCCAAUCCCUCUCUUCCUACCUGACGCCAACCGGCCUACUCUUCACGACCAUCGACCACUCGGCACCCUCUUUCGACGAAUGGUUCCCCCCGUCUCUUUUGGAGCUGCUCUCAAAGUACGAUUUCCGCCGGCUCCCGCACCGGCGCUCCAUCAAAUACCCCGGCCGGUUCAACUGGAAGACCAUGGUCGACGGGUACCAAGAAUGCCUGCACUGCCAGUACACGCACCGGAGCUUCAGCGUGAAAUACCCACCGACCUUCUACGAAGUGCACAACCACCACACGUACAGUCGGCACGUGGCCGACCCGACCAAGCCGGACGACGGGCUUUUUCUUUAUUUCUUCCCCGUCUGUACCAUCAACCUGUACGGCGGCGGGAUGAGCAGUUUCCGCGUGUGUCCGGGUGAGAAGGUGGGCGAGACACGCAUGGAGUUUGACUAUUAUUUCGACGAUGGCAACGGUGGGGUCGAAGGGUUUGACGACUAUUUCAAGUUUGUGAGGAAGGUCGCCCUGGAGGAUUUCGAGCUGUGUGAGGUCGCCCAGUCGAACUUGGAGAGGGGAGUGUAUUCGCAGGGCGUGUUGAAUCAGAAGAAGGAGAGCGGCGUUUUACACUACCAGCAACUCACUAGACAGAUGGUGGUGGACAAGUUCAAGGAAGAAGAGACCGAAAAGAAUGCCUUGUCAGCAGUGUCGAGCAGGGCCAGCGUCGGGAGUGUUGCACGCAGCAUUGGCGGCCAGAGCGAGAGGACCGCGUCUGUGUCCGUCUCGGCGUGA